GGGACAGUGUACUUAGCAACAAUACAGCUUGCAUAGGCCGAGUUUAGCCGCUAGUUCUGUCAAUUUAUCUGGUUCUUUCUGCACUUUCUUAGAAUAUAGACAGAGAUGAUCAAAGAAUGCCAUCUGGGAAGGUAAGAUAGCUUCUUUGUGUUCGCAGUUUCCUGCUGUUUCGUUGCUAUGUUGCUGUGUCACGAAAAUGGAUCGAGAAAUUUAAACUUAUAAAAAGCUUAAUUUGCCAUUAGAAUGACAUUGCAGUUUCUUCAUUUCUGAUUUUUUAUUAGUCUCUAUAUAUUCGAAAUUUCUUUAUAAAAAUUUUUGUCUUACUACCUGGAAGAUUUACGGGUAUCAUUGGUUGUAAAAAGGAGUGCAGCUGUAAAUAUCGUGCAUGAUAAAUUGUUAUUUUCAGGUUAAUGAUCAUCUGGGUCAAGCGAAAAGAGUCAUUUCAUACUUGCUUCAUGUAUAAAACCUAUGUCAUGUUCUCUAAGAUCUUUAUUUUCCACUAAAACACGUCGAAAAAAUGUGAUUUGCAUUUGUCUUUGCCUCAGUCUGUGUUCAUGGAAAACAUUUUGACAUUCAAACCUUUGUGGUGGAGAUAAUUUUAGCAGGCUGCAAUCGCUGACAAAAUGUUGACACACUGUCUUCAAAUGGGGUUCUUGAGGGAAAAAGCAGUCUGCUCUCCUCCCCUCUUCCCACCAUUCAAUGUUGUGGUGUUUGUUACUGUAUAGCUUACUUGUAGCUCAUACAGUACAGCAGCACAGCAGCACAGCAUUGCUUGGAGAGGGUGAGGGAGGGACCCAGGGGCGUACUCUGGAUUUCAAGUGGCAGGGAUGAUCGAUUGGAGGCAAAAAUCAAAACCAAAAAGAAUCCCUGGACCAAAAUUUAACCCCCAAAAAUUCCAUACUGAAUUUCCAAGCUGUAGAAAUUUCCAGAAAGCAGAGACAGGCACAGAGCUAGUUUGGUUUUACUUUAUUCAUGGCACUGCGUGGCUGGUAUACGUGGGAACCAUCAUAAUCUUCAGAUUGUUAUGAAUACCCCCAAAACCCCUACUUAAAGUAUAAACCAAGCUACCCCAAAAAAUACUUGCCAAAAUUUACCUACCCCAAAAAAUCCCCAAAUUGAAAAUUUCAAACCCAAAAAAUCUGGAGUACCCCCAGCUGGGGGGAGGGUAUUUCCACUUUUGCAGUCAGCAUUAAAUGUCACAAAGGCCUUUUGAGGCCAGUUGUCUCAACUAAUUUGUCUUGUUGUUGUAUAUGCUUAAGUUUUGUUUCCAGAUGUAUUGCAUUGUGGUCCAGUUGAUUAAAAACUUUGUAAAACAACAGUUAAGAUUUGUGAUGCAAAGCAUUUUAAAGUAAAAUGCUCACACUUGUAAUUUUUAAAAAACUUACACUUGUAAUAACGUGUGCCUAUAUCUGACAAAAGCAAUGGAACAGCGUCUUGGAAAGAGUGAGUCAACCAGACCUCAAAACAUCAACUGUACAACAGUGUCUCUGUCAUUGUUUUUCAUCCUCAGCAGACUUUAAUAAUUAAAUGUACAGUUUCCAAACUUGUGUUUGUAAGCCACAAACUUCUCUGUAUUCAGCAGUAAUUGUCAAAAUAAAAAAAUAACAAGAAUCUUUAAAAAUCUACAUGUAAGCUAAGGUUUACCUAUUUUGUAUCGUUCAUGAUAAGGUUCAUUUUGCUAUGUAUUUACAGCAAGUUUUACAUUAAUCAUCUCUGAAAUCACCUCUUUGAAACUUCUGACUAUUAAAUCCAAUUGUUGUCUUUAUUGCUAAAGGUUGUAGAUUAGUACAUUGAAAAAGGUAGCAUUAAUUUGUGCAGAAAUAGGAGGAUAAUGUCAGAGCUAGUCAUACGAAAUGGUUUAAUACUACUUUGUAAGGAAGCAAUUGCUUUGUAACCAAGUAGUUGUUUAAAGGUGUUUACUGGUCAUCAGGAACUCACCAAUAAUGUUUUGGAAAAUUUAAAAAUAACUGACUUCACUGAUGUUAUUGAGAUUUUUGGAAGCUUCCAGUAGGAGAUCAAUCCCAUCGAUUAGUAUGCUGAACUUUUCAUAAGCUGUCAACCUAGUCAAAAUCAAAGUUGUUUGAAACUUGCUCCAAAGGCAAAAUUCCUGGCUGGGCUAGAUAGGAAGAAUGGCUGAGCUGUUCCAAAUUGUAAUAAGCAUUCCUACAAAAUAAUGUAGUUGAUUCAGCAUCUGAAUGUGACCUUAAACUCAUGCAAAGCAUGAAAUAUAAUUGGUUAGUCAUUUGUCUGGAGGAGCGUGAUAUUUAGUUUCUCACAUGUGGUGGAAAGAUGCAGUGAACAACCACAACCAUAACUGCGCAACUUUGGGGAGGAAAUAGAGAUUUGAUGUCAGUUAGAGUUAAGCUGUCUGUAGCUAAGAAAGAUAAAACUCUGUCACUCAAAAAAAUAACUGGUGAACAAGUUUUCAGAUUACAACAUAAAGAAACCAACAAAUUUUAAUUAAUUUUUAAAAAUUUUGAAGGAAAAUAUUGUAAUUUGUUUACCCAUGGAGCACUUGGGACUUUUUUGUAUCUGUGUGUUCCAGAUCGAAUUGGAAUUUGGAAGUGUUGGUUUUUAAGGAGAGGGGAAAACCAGAGUACCCGGAGAAAAACCUCUCGGAGCAAAGCAGAGAACCAACAACAAAUUCAACCCACAUAAUGGCGUCGACACUUGGUUUUGGUGGAAGGUCAAUGCUCUCACACUCCUCCAUCCUGACUUAGUUUAUUAUGACUGUUAUUAGUCAUUUUUUUUACCUCACACUCAACAAUUAAUGUUACGUGUACAGAAAACCCAAGGAGAUUGUCUUGUAGUUAAGCUGCAUCUUAGAUUUGAGCCUAGAAUUUAUAAAAGGUGCAGCUACAGUCAACUCUUUCAUAGCAACCACUUCUCACAUAGCGACCACUUUUUUGUACACCAAGGGUGGUGGCUUAUGAGACAGUUGACUGUAUAAUAAUACAAAUUUUGCCAAAGUUGCAGUGAUACAUUUCUACUGAAAAUUGUAUGAAUUUUUAUUAUCUUUGCCUUAUUUUUUUUAGGAUCGUAAGGAGGACACGUGGAAGGAAUCUGACCUCAAAAAGGUGUUAAAGGUAAGGAUAUGAUGUAAAUGUAGUUAAAAAAGAUGAAUUCACACGAUGUGAUUAAACUAGACAAUUUAAAUGAGACUGAGCAAAGUCUAAUUGGAUUAUUUUUCGUUUCUGGGAAACUGCCCACCUAACCUUCCCCUAAGCCAACAUUUUGCCCUAAGUAAGAACUAAGGUAGUGUUAAUGUUGGUUUAGGGGAGGGGAACAGUUGUAGGUGGGCAGUUUCACAGGAAUGUAAAAUGAUCCGUCUAAUUUUCUCUGUUAUUAUACCUGAUAACAAACCCUUCCACGUGUUUUUUUCAACUUUUGACAUGGACAGGUAAGGGGAAAUCCGUCAGCACUACUGGAAAGAGCACCUUAACAUUAGUACAGUUGCCAAGUUUGAAAGGGAUUUGUUGAAAAGUACCAAAGAUAUAGCUCCUCAAAGAAGUAAAAUUUUACAGAUGUUUGUAUGGUGGGGUCCGCACCAUAUCAAUGUCUGUAAGUUUUUGCAACUUUGGGGAGCUAUAUCUUUGCUUGCUUAAGGCGUAUAACUUUCAAAUUUGGAAAUUUUACUAAUUUUAAGGUGCUCUUCAGUCCAACCAAUUGGUCCAUGUCAAAAGUUGAAAAAAUUGUGGAAGGAUCUUUUAACUAAAGAAAACACUUAGUUAAAAAAAAUGCUUCAUAUGUAACCAAAAACUGUCAAAGUGAGAAACAAUGAGGGUGCAACCUACAAGUACACCCCUUUAAACUCUCAUUGAAAUAUGGUUAUGUUGUAGAAAGGGAGGAAACAAUAGUGAGCAGAUUGUGGAGGGCAACUAAGUGUGGUAAAUUGCUGCCUGCUGCAUGGGUAUUUGAUGUUGUGCUAAACUCGAAAUAAUAGGAAAUGUCAGAGCAAAAACUUAACCAGAUCUGCAUGUACAUAGGCGUAUGGUAGAGGUCAAAUUUGAUUUCAGGUUACAUUAUUUUAACCUAGGUGAUUUUCAAUUUACUUUGUCUCUUAGCCCUAAUUAUUCAUGAAUUAGGGCUAGGAAACAAAGGAAAUUGGGAAUCAACCCGGGGGGUGGGGGUGGGGGGUACUUUAGGAAGUUUUGGGUGGGGAUGUGCCGCUGGGACCCUGGAACCCUUAACCUAUACCAGAGUUACAUUUUGCUACCCUAUGCUAGAGUAAACUCCCCAAAUCCCGCGUAUCCUACAUGUAGAGCAGCUGUUUCCCUAGUCUAGAUAAAAUCUUCAACCAACUGAUCAGUUUUCUGAAAAAUGAUACCCUAUUCUAGACCCAAACUCUCUGAUUGCAAAAGUAUUAUCCCAGAGUAAAAUGAAUAUGAAAUUCAACUGAAAUCAAAUUUGAUUUUUUAUACAAAUCACUGGUGCCACAUUAGACAAUGCAAAAAGUUUUCAAUGGAUAUGAAAUUCUGACAUUUUUUUAUAGAACACUGGCCAAUUGCAGCACUGUUUUUGUGAAAGUGGCUGUAGAAAUUGUUAAAAAGAGCUCAGCAUUAUGUUUUAUUCUGAUUCACAUGUUUUCAAGUUUUUCAAAGUUGUGCAAGUCUACUUGCAUUUAGCCAGUCGUAGGGUCAUUUUUUUGCAAAAUGAAUGACCGAUAAAAACUUUUCGGAAACAUCCAAAAAGAAGCAAAUUUGUCUGCAUUAAGUCCAAUCUUCAGUUCAUGUAUAAUUGACACAAAUGUACCCUUUUUGUAAAAAAUGAAUUUCAAGAUACACUGUAUCUUGAAAUUCCUCUUUUAGAUUUUUGUGUUCAACUUUGCACAACAGAAGACAAGCACCUAAAGUAUAUGUUGUGUAAAGCAUUUCCAAAGAAAAUGCGAAAGGGCUAAAAUUCGAUUUAGAGCUUAAACUAUUGUGACGUAUAUUUGCCCAAAAAUGUAUCUCAUUUUAAAGUUUAGUCUAUGCGUAAUAUAUUGUAGGUCAUGUGUUAUAAUGGUUUUACAAUGAAGAUUGAAAGAUGGAAGGUGUCGCUAAAAACAUACUUGGCCACUGAGCCACCCUCAGGUGGCUUCGUCAUUAAUACAGGCAUAUUGAGCUAUGACAAACUUUGAUGGCUCUGAAACUUUGCAAAGAACAACAGAUAUCAUUCAGCAAUAAUAUGAAAUAUUCUGAUUUUAUUGCUGGUAAAUACAUGUAUGUUUUGCAAAAUUAGCACUUAAAAUGACCCUACUCUUUAAAAAAAUUGCAUGUAGUAGAUAAUUUUGAUCAUAUUUUGGACUGAAAUUUCCAGUUUUGGCUUUUAGUGACAUAAUAAAUGUGCCUCAGAAAUUUCAGGCAAAGCGUCGGAGCAGAAGUCUGUAGCUAAAAAUCGUACAUGUAAAUAGUUUUUUGCGGAAUUUCGAAAAUAAAUUGCGCUGAGGUAGAACGAGCUACCAGUUUGAAUUUUCAGGGCAAGUAAUUGCGGGGUUUGCUUAUUGAUAAAACAAAAGUCAAUUGCCAAUGAGGCUGUAGAGACAGUACUUUUCAGUUUUAGAAGCAUUAUAAAAUUGCUCCAGACCUUGCUCUGAUGUAAAAUGACUUGUUCCUUUAAUUUUUUUUUUAUUUACAGAAUGUAGGUAUUUUUUCCACCUCCCAACACACCUACAAGUUUGUAAGGCAGUUUCUGAUUUAAAUGUUUGGUUGUUUGUAACAGUGUUAUUCUUUUCAUUUUGAUCCUUAAUCAUUUAUUAUGAACCAUAGUUAGUGUAUCGGAUAAUUGUACCCCUGGUUGGAUAUUUCUGGUGCUUUAUGUUCAUGUACAUGUAUAUAAGGAAUAAUUACAAUUAUAAUUACCUGCCUGUUCUCAAAACAAGCUUCUUAGUCUGUUGUGGUGUUUAGCAGUAGUCAUAAAUCAUGAGAAUCUUUGCUAGCCCAUGGAGUUGGAUAAGCAGAUUUUCUGAGCCCUGAUGUUAUAUAUGAUUACAUGUAUAUAAUAUUUGGAUUUUUCGAUUAAAUCACAAAUUGCAACUCAAGAGGCGUGGCUUUUGUUUAUUUUGCUUGGUUGCUGAUGACCCGUAAUGUUUUAGCCUAUUCCAGUUGUUUUAGAUGCAUGAGAUGCAUGUCCAUUAUUAUCUCCCAAUUGCAGCCAGACGAUAAGAAACGAUCAAAAGAUGAACAGGGUAAGAGAUCAUCAAAAGAGCGUUCAAGUCAAAGGUCUGAUGCAGAGAAGAGAGAACAGAAGGUAGUGUGUUGUUUAUGGGUAAUAUUUGGAUAUCUUUGUUUCCUGAAGGCUUGCAUGUCUUUCCCCUCCAUUUUUUGCAUCAAUCCUUUAAGUUACAUGUAAGUUACAGUAAUUCCCUUGAAGAGGACAUACACUGUACUCUCAGAGUUUUUUUUCAAACUUGGCACAAUUUUUUUAUUGAUAACCAUUACACAUGUAGGACUUUGAAAAACUACAAUUAUAAAAAGGUGGAGUCACUUUCCUUGUUUUCGCGCUGGGAGCCUGUAAUUCUAAGUAACUGUUCUUUUUUCUAGUUGUGCACAAAAUAACCGCUAAAAAUUAAUAUUAUUUUGCAAAAACUAUGAGUCUUACUAAAACCUAGAGUCGGUUUGUUUGUCUGGGCUGGAAGAUACCAGCGAAACUUUGCAGACUGUAUUACAUGUACAUCUAACGCCGCUGCAUCCGUCCUUUUGGCUGCCGAAGAUGUCUUAAUAAAGUAUUUACCUAUCUCUAGCUAUCUAUAAUUUUUCAGUAAAGUGACUUCAAAUUCCACGAUCUUGCAAAAAAUGUGUUAAAAUGGAAAGUUUUCCAAUCACCUUUCAUGUAGCAUUGUGCAAAACAAGAGAAUUACCUCAAAUAAUUAUAGUGGUUAGUGGUUACUUACUCAUGGCUUGGUUAUUUACAUGUACAUGUAUUAAUGUACUCACGUCACCUCAACGAUUCUCUGACAUGCCUCGUGGCAUAUAAGGCCUCCAAAGAGUCCUUCCAUUUUUCUCGCUGAGCCGCAGUGGUCUUCACUUCCUCACAUGAUUGCCAUCCUGCUUUUGCUCUUUCCUUUUCAACCGUUUUGCUCCGCGUGGUCUUUGGCACUCAUGAUGUGUAUGUUUCUAACGGUCAUUUUUCUCGCUACCUGCGCAAUGUUACCACUUCUGUACAGUGUAUGUACAUUCCAGUUUCUGAUCUUCCUGAUAUUUUUGGGGUGUAUCGGUUGCCUAUGCAGUUCGGUGGUGUCCUGUUGCCUUUGACCCCCCACGCAUCAUAGAAUCGCCCCUAUUGUGAGGACCGGCCACAGUGUUCCCUUGAUAAAGUGAAUUUUUUCUGCUUGUGGUUUCUGUAAUGACAGGGUUAUACAGGAGAGGGCUAUUAGCCCUCACCCCAACCCCCAGCUUGAAGGACUUUUAAUGUACUUUAUAAAAUAACUAAGAUAGUGCCGCGCGUUCUGUUUGGUUAAAAAUCUAUGGUUUAUUGUGCCAGUAAACUCAUAGAAAACUGAAACACUUUCCGUUUUACUUAAAGUUAUUUUGUGAAAGCAAUAGAUCAAAUUUUCUAUGGGUUUACCGGCGUGAUAACCUACUUGGGAUGUUGGGAGAACACUCGUAAAUCACUCGCCUUCGGCUCCUGAUUUACAAGCUUUUCUCGUGUUCUCCCAACAUCCCGCGUAGGUUAUUACGCCGGUAAACCCAUAGAAAGUGUGGUCUUUUGCUUAAGUAAACAGUGUAAAAAAUCCGUCUUUUCAUUUAGUGAUCACCUUAUCAUAGAGAAGGUUUCCAGCGUCCCAGCGAACACCAAAACAACUUUCAACUAAAAUCACUCUUUUCCAAAAACUAAGAGUCCAGGACAGAUGAACACGUGAUCAGGUCUAUCUUAGUCGGGGCACUUACCACUUGUCAGAACUUCAUGGUUGGCCAGACCAGUCAAGUUGUAAGAGGAAUUCUACAAUAACAGUGGACCCUCGAUAUAACGAAGGGCCAAAGGACUGCCAAAAUUUGUUCGCUCUAACGAGGUUUCGUUAUAUCGACGUUCUUUUUCAUAUAUUUUACUAUUACUGGGGUAAAGAAAAUCGCUCGUUGUAUCGAGGACGUUGUUAUAUAGAGGUUCGUUACAUCGAGGUUCCGCUGUAAUCUGGGCUAUCCAGCCAGAUCAGUUGAUUCCUUAAAAGUAUGCACGGCGGGGAUGGGGUUUAACAGGUAAAAAUUUCCUGAAAUAUUAAUUUUUAUUUGCAAGAUGACUGAUCUGGCCGGCCAGUUCUGUCUUUUGGAAAGCGGUCUCAGUAAAACGUUGUAGCUUCAGGUUAAAAGGUGUACCUCCCUUUGAAAAGAAAGUACCAAAGUAAUGGAGAAAACUGGUUAAUUAAUGUUAGUAAUCUACCUUUAUUGAACCACAGUUACAUAUUAAUAUCGAAACAAUGUAAUAAUGCAACAAAUGCAAUCCAAAACUGGCGAAAUUCAGUUAUAAUUUUGUGAAUUAAUAAUUAUUUGAAAUAUUUUACAGGAAAGAGAUGAUGAUCGCAAGAGAAGGGGUCAUGAUGACGUAGCCAAUGGAGAGACGGAUCAUAGGCGAAGAGACAGGGAAAGAGAUCGAGAGAAAGACAGGGAACGAGAAAGAAGGAAAAGAGAUGAUGAAAGAGAUAAGGAAAGGCCAAGAGAAAGAGAUCGAGAUCAUGACAAGGACAAAAGACGGGAAAAGGAAGGCAGAGAAAGAAGCAAAGAUUCGGAAAGAUCAAAAGAUAGAGAAAGACGGAAGGAUAGGGACGAUGAUGACCAAGAACGUGACAGGGAUAGGAGAAUGCGUGACCCGGAAAAAACCAAAGAUGGCAGUGGACAUGAACGACGGGAAAGACGCAGUGAAAGGGAUAGGAGUAAAGAGAGGGAUGGUGAUCGAGACAGGAGGAAAGAAAAGAGUAGCGGGGACAGAGACAGGGAACGAAGAAAAGAAAAAGAACAGGAAAAGAAAGGAGAAGCAGAUGGGCAUGAACGACGUAAAGAUAGAGAUACCAGCCGGGAGAGAAGAAAGGAUAGAGAACGAGAAGGCAAAGUUAGAGACACUAGUCCAGACAGAAGAAGGGAGAAAGAACGAGUAAGCGGCAAGGAUAGGGACACCAGUCGGGACAGAAGAAAAGAUAGAGAACGAGAAGACAGGGAUAGAGGCAAAGAGAGAACAAAGGAUCAUGAUGGAGAUAACGACAGAGAGCGGAGAAAAGACAGAGAUCGAGAGAAAGACAGGGAUCGAGAGAAAGACAGGGAACGGGAAAAAGACAGGGAGAGACGUAAAGAGAGGGACAGAGAUAGGCUGGAAAAAGGCGAUAAAGUACCUGACAAAGAUGAGAGGCGGAAAAGUGAAAGACAUUCCAAGGACUCAGAGAGGAGGUCAAAAGCAGAGGUACAUUUAAUUAGUACAGUGUACAUAUUUUUACUGGUUUUUGUGUACAUCGUACAAGCUAAGGCUUAAAAUGCCACUACAGUGUGUGUAUCUGUGACUUUGGAAAUAUUCUCUCCACCGGCUAAGUCACUGUCUAGUGGAAAAGUGUUAUGGAAACCAAUUGCGUUAUUCUCUGAUUAGUGUUUCAUCCAGUGGACUGAACACCUGUCACCAGCUCUACAUUUUCAUUUACCAUAUGCCAAUUGUGGUAUCCGAUCACUGACUAGCAUUUUAGAAAAAUCGUGAACCAUUUCAUAUUGUAAAAAAGUAUCUGAUACAGUUACCAUUAAAUAGUAUAACGCUAUAUAAUUUUUUACCUAAAAUUGCUUUAGAGAUCUGAGGAAAGAGAUAAAGAAGAAAGAAUAAAAAGAAGAGAAAGAGAAUUGAUGGAUUCUCUCAAACAAGAGGAGGUAUUAAUAUUAGUGUUUAUUUUUUCAGACUCAUGUCUAUAUAUUAGGUCUCUGGCAGUACGUGUUUAAUUACCCUAAGGAACCUGAGAGUAUUGGAGAUUGUUGACCUUUCUUGUUGAGCUUUCCUUUCGUGUAAAAAUUUAACUGUACCGUCAAAUGCUGAAUUUGUAUCAAUAGUGAUGUAUGUACUGUUAUAACCUUAAUACAAAAUACCUCAGUAGUCUAGACAACAAUAUUAUAGUAAUUGAGGAAAUUAGUGCACGAUUGUGUACCAGAGAAAGGAAAAAAUUAAUAGAAUUAACUUUAAUAUUUACUCCCGAUCAUACAUUGCUGGGAUGGUUGAAUAAUGACUUAACUUUGAAAUGUCCGACACAGAGAAUGAAAGAAGCAUAAUAGACGCCACAAAAUUAUGACAUAAAACCAUUUACAUACCCGCACAGAGCAAAAGCUAUAUCCAUUAUAAUAAGGGCAAUUUUUGAGAAAAGGAAAGUUUUGUAUCAUUCUUGUUAUUUCUCAGGCAUAACUUGACUUCUUACUGUCGUUUAAGUUACGUCUGUUACACUGCAGGUGUAUGCAUGCCACAUUGAAGCUAAGUUCGGUUAAUUAGUGGUGUUAGUGAUGUCAGUAUCACAAGCAUGCAAAUAAGUUUGUCUGAUUUGGUCACCGUUAGCAGAACAGAUCAGGAAAUUUGUUCGACAUACGUCGUGUUGGGUCUUUAUUUCUUUACUGCAAUUACUAUUCAAAUCUUUAGCUACAAAAUUAAUGAUAGUCUCUACUCUUUGAUUUAUCCUGUCAUUAUGUCCGACCUCAGGUAUAAUAAAUGUUUGUUUUUUUACCCUCAACAGAAAUCGAGGAAAGAACGUUUGAAAUUUAGAUCAGAUACUAUAGAAGAAGCAGUAAGUCAAACAGAUUUUAAGUUGAUAUACAGUAAAACUUGGUGAGGUGAUUGCCCAGUAUAAGAAACCAUCGUAGAUGUUCAAUAUGUGCCGCUCAACUUUUCAUAUGGCAAUCUGUACAACUUAAUAAUAAAAUAGAACUUAGAUUUCUAACAAUUGUUUUCUUUCUUUCAAAAUUAAAAAAACAAAAGAAAAUAAAUGUGAUUUGGGUGAGUUUGAAAAGAUGGAUUGCAGCAAUGAAAAGUGUCAUUUUACAGAAUUAAAAGUAAAAAAAAUUAAACGAGGAUGCAAUACUAAGUACAUUAUACACAUUCACGUAGAGUUAAAGCCUCAUUAAGACCAGACUGAAGAACUGCUAAGUACCAAAAGUUAUGAUAACCCUUUUUUUGGUCGAUCUCCUUUUACAAACGUUACUGUGACUGCCAUCUUGUAACUACCUGUCUGUUUUACUAAAGGAUACUGUUGAUGAAGAUGUUGAACAAAAAAGAAAGGCUUCAUUACCAAAGGCAUCUGUUGUUGCUGCUGCUGAUGAAGUCCAUGAUGAAGAGAAUAAUGGAUAUGGUUAUGAGGACGACGAGUUUGAGGUACUAACUAGUCUUCUCCUAAAUGUGUCUAAUCAUAUUUUUUUACCGUGUCUCCGUUUAUAUGUCCACGGGCAGGCGCCUUAAUACAUCACGGAUUUAGGACCUGUUUACAUGGAGGUGGGGGACUCCAGGUAGGUGAGGUAACCCGCUUUGGUGAGGUAACCCGUCUGUCCAUAUAAUCUCUCAUUUUAAUUUGAUCACGUUUACACGAUAGGUGGGGUGACCAUACAAGAGAUUAUUUGGACAGGCGGGUUACCCCACCUAAGCGGGUUACCUCACGUACAAGUACCUGGGCUCCCCCACCUCCUGGCCCUUAAUCAACGUUUCCAGACAUACAUUAUGUAAAGAUCACAGAAUGAGUUGCUCAGUGUUGAUGCCACCUAGGAACAUAACAAAGAAAACGUUGGGUACACCGUGAAAGGUCAAAUAAAACACUUUGCGGGUUUGUAUCGUUGAGGUUAUUAAUUGGAACAAUCAGAACAUGCUCUUAUGUACCCUGAAAAAACCAAAGUUAUCCAAUUCACUUCCUUUUUUCGCAAUCUUGUUCCCGGUCACUUUUUCAUUCAGUGACACAACAAUAGCACUGUCCAAUGAAGUGUGGUACUGAAGAAGAAACCUAGUUCAACUUACGACAGGCACGUUAACGAUAUUUGCCAAAGGGCUAUCUUGGUAAUAAGGUCAAUAAGUAGGAUACGGUAAAAUUUGUUCCAACUGAAAGUAGUAGACUAGGGUCAAAGAUAAGCCUCGUUAGUGGGUUCCCCUUGAGUUCCGUGUGGGUUCCCUUGCAAAAAGUGGGUUCCCUUUAUUAAUAUGCAUAUGGUCUAGUCAAUGACGUCACUCUACUUCAAUAGGAACAAUAGGCUUGCCUAGACUUGCCCGUUAAGUAACUUGUGCCCGGUUUUCGGACCGUCUAUUAAACGGGAAAAUAGGAAUAAGAGAAGCGAUCACCUAGCAACGCGAGAAACGGCUUCCUAUAUCUUAUUUAGCGCUAAAACUCGGAUAUAUAAACAAAACAUACAGAAAGUAGAGUUGAAAAGUCUUUAUUUCAAUUUAGUUUAUGUCUUCUUUUUUAGCUCUAAAACUCGGAUAUAUAUAAACAAAACAUACACAAAAUAGAGCUGAAAACGCUUUAUUUCAAGUUUGUCUGACUAUUACAGAACUGUUUUCUCCGUUUUAACUCGAGGAAAUGAAAAACUAUUGAAGUCUCAACGUUUCACGCACCGUGAGUCAGUUAAUUUUGCGAGUUCACAAGCCUAAAGUUGAAUACAAAUUAGCUCUACAGGAAAAACCUCAAGGGAGCAUAUUGACGUAUUAUUAUAAAACAAAUAACUUAACAAGGAUCAAUUGAUUAAACACGCGACUAAUAAUUGCUAGCAAUAAAAUCAGACGAGAGAUACCGUUUAAAACAAAAAGAGUCAAAUACACAUUGAUUUGAAAGAAAUCUAUUAAAAUAGUCAAAGAAAGGUAGCCAUCCUUUUUUUUACAUUGCGCACAAUGUUUUACUUACCCCUCUCCCUUUGCAAUUUUAUUUCCCUCCUCAAUGUUUUGAUUCCCUCCUCCACAAUUUUAUUAUUUUCCCUCCUCAAUUUUUUUAUUCCCUCCUCCACAAUUUUAUUAUUUUCCCUCCUCAAUUUUUUUAUUCCCUCCUCCACAAUUUUUAUUAUUUUCCCUCCACCACCACCACCACCACCACAUUUCUAUUAUUUCCCUUCACCACCACCACCGCCACAUUUCUAUUAUUUCCCGACAUUGGCAUUUACUCCGAUCGCCAAAAAUUUUAUGUUAUAUUGUAGAUUGAUCUAUAUGUUAUCCAUUCUAUGUGUUAGACUUACGAUAAAAGUAAAGGUGGGGAUACCAGGGAGCUUCAAAGUAGGAUCGUACCCCCCCCAAAAACUGGGUCGAGUCACCUUAAUAGACGGUCCGAAAACCGGGCUCAAGUUACUUGACGGGCAAGUCUAGGCAAGCCUAUUGUUCCUAUUGUAGUAGAGUGACGUCAUUGACUAGACCAUAUGCAUAUUAAUAAAGGGAACCCACUUUUUGCGAGGGAACCCACACGGAACUCAAGGGGAACCCACUAACGAGGCUUAUCUUUGACCCUAGUCUACUACUACUGAAGUACAGUAAUAUUUAACGUACAGUUUAUUGUAAAUACUUUCGUUGCAUCGUGGCACAUCUAGCUUUAGGAACAAGUCGAAAAGAACAUUUCUGAACCUCACCUACACUAGCUUCCUGAUCUCGCAUCAUUUCCUGAAGAUUUUACUUUUAACCUAUAAAAUUCUGAAUGGACAAACGCUCCUUUAACCUAACGUUUCCUAAGUUCGUUCUCUUAUCUCUUUCCAUCGCCUACUUUUACAAGUUCCUUCUGCCAUAACAGCCACCUGUGGUCAAAGAACUAUCUCUCUUUCCGCCACGACACUUUGGAAUACUCCGCUUCAAUCUGUAACAAAACCUGAAACAGUGGUCAUCCAGUUUAUGAAGAAACUUAUGACAUUUCUUUUGUGUGAACAUUUGACUGAACCUCAGCUUGAUAUCUCAGUGACAUGUUUACUUAAAGGGGCUGUGUCACGGCAGUCCAGUUCAUUUUGUUUAGUUUUGCCAAUUACCCGCCCUCAAUCGCUAUGGAAAUUAAAGUAAGCAAAGAAAUUACAGGUAAAUGACAAAAUCAGAGAUCCGAGACAAACAAAUAUGUCUCCUGAGCAUUAUUUUUGAAUUUGCAAGCAGCAGGGAUCAACUUUGAAAAACUGUCAUGCUGAACGGUUUUAAAAAACCCUAAUUUCAAUCCGUUUCAGUCUUCUUCAGUUUUGCCUAUCCGUGGCAUGUGUUGUUUCUGUUAUGUUAUUUUAACCUUCCUUUAAAGUUUUAAGCGGUUAUUUUUAUGUCCCUCUUAAUUUAACGGGCAUUUGUCAGUCAGAUCUUUACGCUAUUUAUGUUACCUUUUUUAUUUAGUCGUAGCUAACAUGAGCACAUCGCGGCGAGUUUCAAAUGUGCUAAUAAGAACCUGUUUUUAGGAUUAUGAUGAAGACUUUGAAGAUGAUGAAGAAGAAGACGAAGAGACAAGUGUUGAUUUGCAGGUAAAAAAAAUUCAACGCUUCAAACAGAUUAAUUAUUUGAUCGUAUUAAAUGACUGAAACAAGUCAUCUUAUGGCAACUCAAAUCAUACGGUAUUAAAAAAGCGUUCUAUUAUUAAGUUUGGAUCAUAGAAGUUUAGGUUUUGGUAUUAAUUUUUACCAAUUUUGUAUUGGGUGUGAUCGGCUCAAAAUACUUUAAAGAGGAAAACCUUUCUUGCAGUAGAUAUGUUAGAUGCUUUCAAGCUUUACUUAUGCUGUACAUUUAUUUCUCGUAGGAUCACUCUGGAAUGCAAGAGGUAAAUGAUUGUGUUUUAGUGGUAAUAAUUCAGUCAGUCUGUUAUCAAACAAAUUAUUCAUCACAAAAGGCAAAGGUUUGAUUUGUCUAGAAUGUGAUUACAAACUGAGACGGGAUUAGGGCAUGCGUCUUUUGAAAGGUUCCAGUGCCGACUUUUCAGUUUUCACUUGAUUGUUGGUCUCGUCUGACACACUUCUACCUAAUACAGUAGGUUCUGUUCGUCGGUUUGUGUUGCAUCAGUCAACAAAUCUAAAACGGGAAAAGUCAUUUAAACGUUGUCUGUAGAUUUCUUUGUGUUUCAAAUUUAAUGAACGUUUUAUUUUCCUCAAAUUUGCCGCUUUUUAUCUCAUUUUUAAGUCAAAAGAGGGCUAGUAUAUAUCUUUCUCGUUCUCUCAACUUUUUUCAAAAGCUUCUUCAAGCAAUAAAUGCGGAGAAUCAGGAUGCAAGGGCUUCAUCCAGUGAAGGAAAAGAAGAUAAAAAGGUUGGAUUUAGUAACUGCACGGUUUUGAUAAGGGUUUACAGAUUAUUAUCUAAUUUGAAUCAGAGGUAGUCACUGAAAUCAUCAAAGUAAUAAACGUAAAUGCGAGUAGUAAACACCGUCAAGAUUCCAAUUCGUCUGCUAUAUCACAUAGUUUAACGCGUUAAUACGAGUCAAGAAAUUUUGUGUUACAGAAGGAGGGAGCGUUCUGUCGACCGCAAUUAAUUUCCCAUGUGCUAUAGUCUUACCUGCUGUCCUCUGUUGUUUUGUUUCGAACAGACAUAUUUACGUGACUCUUUUAAAAUGUUUUUUUUUAGGAUCACAAAGAAUCACAGAAAGGUGGGUAUAGUCUGUAGGCGCAGCUCUUGUUGUUGCCUUGGUGAUGAGAAACGUUUCCUUUUUAUUGGUUUAACCAUCACUUUGCUACGGUGGCCCAUAUCUGCAAACACAACAAACAGUUCUUGAACUCUACAUACGGUGGAAUGAUGGUAUUGUUGUUUUCUUUUUGAUCUAUUUUUGUUCCGGAACACAGACAAUCGAACAUGCCCUUUGUAUGACAUGAUAAUCUUUGUUUUUUCACUUUAGACCUAAGAUUUGUUCUCACUGUAUAUUACUUUCAAAAAUCAUAAUGAUUGAAUAAUUUCAUGCAAUUUUCUUUUGGUAGAGGCAAAAGUAAGACCAUCAACUUCUUCUCAUGGAAGAAUAAACUUUGUUGCUGCAAAACAGAAGCAGAUCACUGAUCAAGUAGCUUCACGGACGAGGAGAAGAGGACAGGUGAAAAAGAUCGACAAUCGAUCAGUGAUUGAGUAUAUAAAAAUACUAAUUUGUGUGAAAAACUAUCGUUGCUUUGAUAAACUUGAAAAAAACAUGAACUGCCACUUAUCAGCUUCCCUUCCCUCUCCCCCUCAGUUAUAGGCCUAUCUACGUCUAAAUGAAAAUUACAUUCGAUUGUAAGCCCCGCACUGAUUUAGACCCCAUUAAAAAAUCAGCAACUAAGACGAUCGAGAAUUGCCCCCGGGCAAGUAAAAGCAAAAUGUGACAGCUGCUUGCACAAAGGUUAUGAUUAUGAUUAUGAUUAUGUCAAGCCUUAAGACACUCAGUCGUCUCACUCGCCACAGGUCUGAUCAAGGUGUACUAAUUCCUAAGUGUCGCACAAAGCUUUUUCAAUUUAGUUACUGUAAUCAUUCUAAACUCUGGAAUACUCUACCUGAAUCCACCUGUACUCUUACUUUUCUUAACCAGUUUAUAUCUCACUUUCUCCAACGCUACUUCCUCGCUUUUCUUACAAACUAUGACGCCACUAACUUUAACAACUGGAAGUCGAUUUGCUGCAAAUACAGCAGGUCACGUAAUCUUUUUACACUUUCACAGCUGCGGGAGUGAGCCGCUUUUAUAGUACUUGGAAAGAGGAUUUUAUACUUCUUUCUAAGUUUUAAUGUAACAUGGUCAGUAUUUGUGAUGUUUUCUUAAGGGAACACUUAAUUUGGAGCCUCGCUCUUUUGUGGCUCCCGCACCAUCGUUGCUUGUUCUUGUAAUUUUGUUCCAAUGUAUAUUUUAUCCUAGUGUAACCAUGGUGAAAGCGAUUAUGUAAAGGACAGGCUUGAAUUAACGUCUUUUCGAGCUCUGUUGUUUCGAAGCAUUUGUUCUAUUCUAGUUCUAAGCCCCCUCGGAUAUAAUCUCCUCUGUUUAUAAGCUCUCCUAAAACCCCUCACGAAGAUGUAUAAGCUCAGCGCUUAUAAGUGGCAGUUUACGAUAUAUGGUUUCAAAAGCCCCCUCUGGGAUAGAAUCCCCUUCGUUUAUAAGCUCUCCUAAAACCCCUUACGAAGAUGUAUAACCAUGGGCUUAUUAGCGGCAGUUUGCGGCAGCCGCUUGCGGCAACUUCCUUAUUACCAUUUUUUUGCUCUUUGCAUCAGACUUGUGUAUUACCUACGAUCCCGGAAAACCACCUGAUCCGUCGUCGUUGUUGUUUUUUAUCGUCAUAUAUAGCUUUACUAUUGUUUUAAACAUAUUUUUCAGGCUCUGGGACCACUGUAAUUAGCUUACCGCUGUUGUGGCAUCCCUGCCUAAAAAAGCAUUUAUUGUUCUUUGUUUCAGUAUAUGUGUAUUAUCCUUUUGUUUUCUUUUUCUCUUUGUAUCAUGUUAUAGGCGAAGCCAAUAAAAUAAAGAUAAAAUUAAAUAAAACAAUUCAUGUCCAUUAAUGGCAACCUGGUAUAACCCAUAUUUUAAAAAUACCAUGUGGUUAUCUAAACUAGGUAACCUUACCGUUAGCGGAUGAUAAUAAAAAUACUGACAAUACUAGAUUUCGCGGCUGAGCACGAUGCCAUUCUGACGCUUUUUCACACGGCUCAUAACUCAAAGCCAUCAGGUUGUAGUUCUCUUGAACUGUCACAUGACCGUAUCGCGGCUCAUCUAGGUCACUUUUUUAUUUUGAAUUGUCCCCUGAUCAACUGAUAAGUAAGCUCUAGAUGUAAGAUUGUUUAGUCCGCUUCUAGGCUUGGCUCAAUCUUUGAUUGCUACCACCACUGACUUACUGACGUUUUUUUCAUGACCAUGUUUUUUUUAGGAGUUGAUGCACCUGAUUGAUCUUGAUGUUGCUGCGUUUGAUAUAUUUGAUUUGCCCCCUCUUAACGAAUAUGAACUGUACAUUAAAAACUUUGGGCGAUCGGACACCAAGCAGGUAAUAACAGAUACGACUCUCAAAGAGAGCUAGAAUUGACAUUAAAUUGUAUGGUUUGUAAAUAAGCGACUUUACCUGCAAAUGAUUGGUACCUACAGUUGUAUGCGUUCAAAACCGGGUAAAGUUAAUUUAAACCUAGAUGCCUCUUGAUGUUCUUUAGUCUCAAACUGGUGACUGUAUAUAACUUUUACUCUCAAAGAGAAACAUGAAGCCUUCAAUAACAAUUCUCACUUGCACGUCUGUGCGUGAUGCGUUUUAACGUGACAGUUCAUAAUAAUAAAACCUCUUUGGUCCUCUUUUGUUUUAAGGUUUUUUUCGUUGUUGUUGCUGGAGAAUGAAAUUUGGGUUUUUAGUGAGCUUUGGUUUCUCGCCAACUAUAGGUAGUAAAGGGGUUAAACGCUUUGAAACGAGGCAACCAGAUUCCCAAGGCAACUUUUAAUUGGUGGUAAAUUGCAGUUGGUGGAUAUUGGAAUCACGAUGCAGUGAGAAAAGUGGGUUGAAAAAGGCACGGUCAUUUCCUUUCGAAUUGUCGUUAAACCGUUUAUUUUGUUUACUUUAUGUUCUGCUUUUGCACUACCCUGCGAGCAGAGGCUACAUUUUCGCGAUACGAGCUGGCGUGCGAAAAGUAGCUACUUUUCGCACGCCAGCUCAUACCGCGAAAAUGUAGCCUCUGCUCGCAGGGUACUUUUGCGUUGGUGUUAUUACUAGGAAUAUCCAAUAUCAGUAAGAAUCAGUUAAGCCAUUACCCUGUUAAAAUACAUAUAUAAUGUAUCUAUUUGGGACAAGUUUCGAGCCUUUUUAAGAUAAUCAUGUGUGGAUUGUUAAAACUAAACAUUACUGAGCUAUAUUUUAGCUAAACGGAAAUGAUUUUUAAUAUAUGUUACAGGCGUAUAUCCAGUGCAAUGAAGAUAAUCUAGAAAAAGAGGUACAAACUGAGGAAAAAGAGAUGAGAACCAAAUGGACACAACAUCCUGCCAGUGAUGCUGCAGGGUUUGGAGGUAAGAAAAGAAGUGUCCUUUGUAAGUAAAGCCAAAUAUUCAUUCUUAAAAGUCCAAAAAACUAUAAACAAUCUGUAACAAGCCUCUACUUUGGAUUUUGGAAGAAGUCAAUCAUAAAUCUCUUUUCGACUUCUCUGAGUAAAAACGUUGGUUGCAUCUAUCUCUAUCCUCUACUGCUGCUUUAAAUGGUUAACAAAAAAUGGUUGCAAUGAACUUUAUUUUGAUCCUUUUUUUCUUUAGACCUUGCGUCAAAAGCGCUUGGGUCAAUGCUUUUCGCUUUCUAGAAAUCUUGUAAUCACUGAUGGUUGUUUUGGUUACCGUGUCUAUUGAUUAAAGCUUUUUUUUGUCUCCUGUCAGAUGAUGAGGAUGAUUUGCGGGAAGAUUUGUCCAGUUUAACAGAAAAGGCAAACAUUGAUAGUUUAAGACUGUCAAAAUUCCUUCAAAGAGCUGCACAGGUUUGUGGACAAAAGAUUAGCAACAGUUUUCCUGUUCUCCACGAAAACGAAACUACUACCUACGCAAGUGUCGGUGUAUUAAACAAGAAGACACCGCACAGUAGUUUUGAAGGAGUUAUAAUAGCUCCGCUAAUGGGGUUAAUUUAACUCCUUACAGUGGAGUUAUUUUUUUGGGGAGUUAUUUUAACUCCAAAGAGGAGUUUAAAGAACUCUUUUUCAGGAGUCAAAAUCACCCCAGGUAUUGAGGAGUUAAAAUAACCCCAAAAAAGGAGUUAUCCUGUAACUAAAAUUUUUACUCCACUUUCAGAGUUAAAGGAACUCCAAAAAGAGUAAAAACAACCCAUGUAAGGAGUAAAAUUAACACCAUUUUCGCAGUUAUGUUAACUCCAGACAGGGAGUAAAAAGAACUCUUUUUCAGGAGGAAAAGUGACCUCAAAUUUGGAGUUAAAAUAGGAGUUAAAGUAACCCCAUAAAAGAGGUUAUCCUGUACCUAAAAUUUUUACUCCAUUUUUGGAGUUAUAAUAACUCUCUAAAAAUUACUGUGUGCUUUUACACCUCCUACGGGACACGGGACAGCCAUUUCUACGUUUUUAUCCCAACCACGUGAAGUUCUUAUCGUUUGCAGGUCAAAGAUAGUUGUCAGGAAUUUCCCAUUCCAAAAACUAUAAAAGAUAUGGGUACAAGCUUUCGACGCCACGAUUUUUGGAAUCGUUUGGCUGGACAAGUGUACCUUGUAACUUAUGAUUGGUUAAUGGUUGCCUUGAGUGCCAUCGACCAUUCAUAACUAACCCUUGCACCCAUUCUCUCUAAAGUAUCUGAAGUGUGAAAUUUUAAGACCAUGACUAUUGCACCGGCCCGCGGAGAUCAUAUCCGUCACCUUCUGUCUCGUCUAGCGCGCUACCGACUGAGCUUACCUUCCUUGUUUAAGCAGUUCUAAGUAAAACAGGAUAAGUUUGGAAAUAAAAGCAUUUUUCUCAUUAAAACAGCGAACAAACUAGCUCUGAGUUUCAUAAGACCAUGGGAAUGUAACUUCAUAUUGAUUGCGGCAAUCUGAGCCAAAUUAGGGAUUUAUUGGGUGCUUGUUCUAAGCAGUUUGUACGUUUCUUUUACAGACGUGCUUAAUUCUACUUGAAGAAAACGUCAGCGAACAAACAAGUACUCAAUUUAAAGAAAGAAAGGAUAUGACAUGUAGUGACGGAUUCAUGCAGCUGUCAACCAAACACUUGUAUCUUGAAGGUCUGUGCUGAAUUAACCUGUUGUUUGUUUCUGGUUUUAGAAGUCCGUUGCUGAUCGUUUGGGAUUUUCUUUGUUGCAUACACGCCUAAAAUGUUUCUGAGAAUGACGCUAAUCUUUUACCAACUUUUAAUACCGAGAGUCUUUCAAAAUGGUCUAACCAACAAUAAAAUCGGUCAUCCUAUCUCGGCUAACCAGUCCUUUAUCGUUGUGGUAUUGAACGGUUCUGUCUGCGCAUGUUUUAGUACUGUACGGACGCCAACAUUUGGACUCUUAAUCCGGUAAAUGUGUACCUCAUGGUUUUCUUCCUCCGCCUCGACUAGCUUAGCUGAUUGCAAGCAGAGGAUAUUAAAAAAAAAAUUUGAAUAUGUAAACGGAAGAAAAAAUAAAGAGAGAGUAGCAGGAUAAAUGAAUUCUCUCCUGAUAAAUGGAAUUUAUAAAUAUGUACCGUACUCGAAUAUGCCUUGCACCAUGUCAGGGAAACAUUAUUGACCAGUUCUCCAUCCCUCCUCCGCCAAAACCAUUGCCAUUACCAACCCCACUUUUCUAACAAGGCCACUUCUUUGAAACGGAUACCUAGUUCUGUCUCUUAACGAAGGCUUUGACUGUCUUUACCUCUGUAGAAAUAGGCUGUGUGUAUUUACUGUGACAUUAUCUUACCAUUUAUUAUAUUUCAGGCCGACCAGUCACGUGUGUGCAUAUAUCUCCAGUUCAAACGCACUUCCUACUAAUUGCGUAUAGUGCUGUAACAGAAAAGGGAAAAGCUACUUCAAAGGUGAGAUUACUGAUCUGGACUUCCCCUCCCCUCCCUCCACUGCCUGAGGUUUGGUCUGAGACAGCGAACUCUCACCAUCUCCUCCCCCCCCUGGGGGAAACAGUUCGUUACCCCACAUAAACUCACUUUCGUCAAAGCCUCAAGCUUCCCGCCUCGGUAGUCAUCUUAUUUGGUGCAUGUGUUAAAACGGCUGUUUCAACACCAGUAAACGAUAGCCAUUGUUUUCCAGUUUUAUCCUCUUGUCUUGAAGCGGCGAUGUAAGCACGCAAGACACAACACGAACCACAACCACAUAACACGCAUAUUCGACUUGAUGAGUAUAUUCGCAGAAGUGCCUCAUUAUCGGAGUUUAAAACCAACAUCAAGACUCACCUUUUUAAACUUACUUACGGGGACUAGGUUUAGCCAAUGUUAUAAAAUUAUAGAAUAUAAAAUCAUACAUCUUCUAGAUGUUAUCGUAAGUUUUAGGGAUUUAGUUUUUGGUUGCAGCUUAGAAUUUGUAAGUAGGAUUUUUAUCGUAACUUAUUGAAUUCGUUAGGUAUUCUUUUUAUCAUCUCUCGAUGUCAGCUUUUUAUUUAUUAUUUUUAUUUCUUAUGAAUUCUGUAAAGCGCUAUUGAGCUUCUGGAAAUAGGGCUAUAUAAAUAAAGUUUGUUAUUGUUAUUAUUAUUCUGAUUAUGAUGAUGAUGAUGCUGGUGCCACAGUCAAAGUUACUUCGCAAAGCUGGAGCAAUUCUAUUAUUGUCGGUUAUGAUGAAUGAGUUUCUGAUUCAGUGCCUUAUAUUUUUCUCGUUUAAGAUCAAUAGCAGUGUCCAAGAGAAAGGUUUGAUAUGCUUUUGGAACACUAAUGAACCCUCAGAACCUCAGAGGUAAGUGCGCACGCACUAAGCUUAGGGUUAUAGAAUUCUGAAUUACUGGAUAGACAGCACAUUCCAGUCCACUAUACUCCUCCAAUUCAGCAAUAGGCCAUUUCCAAGUUGCCCCAAGCCUCUGUUUCAAAGCGAGGCUAAGUGCGAAGCCAUUGAUACGAAAAUGAUUUCUUUACUCUUAUGCAAAUAAACUCAUUAUCACAAGAAAGGUUUUGCACUUAGCCUCGACUUUAAAGUGAGAUAUUUUGGAAUCGGAGAUGUUGCCAGGGAGUUGCGUUGUAGAAUUGUCGUUCAAUCAGUGCAGCGAAACCAUCUUUCACGUGCGUGCUCCUCUUUGCUUGUUCAAUAAAGACGCAACCCACACACGGCAUCGACACCGGGAUUGGAACCCGAACCACAUUGGUGGGAGGCGAGUGCCCUCACCACUGCGACAUGCGUGCACUUUAUCAUUAAAGCCAUAGUUAGCCUAAUGCAUGAAGGUGAAAGUAAGUUAAUGGUAUUAUACCUAGACGUAAAUUUUUCACUGGUCUUUGUUAUAGCAUUGGUUGAUUACUUAGGCUUAUUGCUCAUUUGCCCACCCAAGUCACUCAGUUUUCAAGGAAUGUGCUGUUCAUUUUCUCAGGAUUUUAAUCUGCGAGUCUACACCGAUGUGCUGUUGUUUGAGCCCUUCUAAGGCAACGUUAGCUUUUGCAGGAUUGGUAAGUUUCGUCAGCUGAUGUUUGGUAUAUUAUCCAAGUUACAGCCGAGAUGAAGAUUUUUUUAAUUCAGUUUUUGAUUCAUUUGCGUUCAUUCGUAUGUUUUUUCAAGCCUCUAUAACACCACGAGGAGAAAAUUAAUAGUUUAAUCUAUUACGAGUUCUUCCUCUUCCCUAAUAAUCUGUCAAUCCUAAAGAAAAGAUUCUCAGGAGACAAUGGCAACAUUUUUUUUUUGCAUUUGUAUCAACAUAACAGGACGAUGGAACGCUUGUGGCUUGGGAUUUACGAGAACCUUCUUCUAUGCAUUUCGCGUCCAGAAUCUCUGCUGGUGACAGCAACGUUAUCUUAAGAUCCCCUACAUUUAGCACAGGUGGGUUGAGAUUUCACAAUGUUCUGUCUAUAACUGCUCACGAGUAAACCGAAAGCAUCAUAAAGGUGUCCCCAAUUAGUAGAGGGGUUCUUAACCCCAUCGGCUAGACAUUCCAAGACACAUUAAUAAAGUUUUAUGUAUGUAUGUAUGUAUGUUAGCAGCUUCGCUAUUUUAGGCGUUUUACCUCUGAAUACUAGAAAGACGUAACAUCGAGCUCAUGCAAUUUAUCUGCUGUACUCGAUGAAUUUACUUGCAAUUUUGUACACAAACCGUAUUUCUCGAUUUCUGCCCAGAUUUGGUUGUGUCCAAUUCUGUGUUGUAUCCUAAUCACACGAGUAGAAAUCUUUUUUGCAUCUAUACAAUUUUAGGUCUUAUGGCGUGCAUGAAUAAACGUUGUAAAUGCCAAAAAGGAAUAUCAAUAAUGAAAUGGAACGUUUAAUGUGAUUUUGUGAACUAAGAAACUUCCAUGUUAGUAGUGGCACACCCAUUGAAACAAUUUACAUUGGGUUAGGCGAGGUAGCUAGGGCAAGCGACGUAAACAACCAAGAAUGAAAGUUACUGCAACUGUACAACUUUGAGUGAUUUGUUUCAAAAGCCGGAAUAAAUUAAUGCGUCCAUUAGUGAGAAGUCUCCUCCUUAGACGUUCUUUUGGCUCGUCACGCAAUCCUCCCGGGAGAAACGCGUGACGAACCCCUAAGAACGUCUGCGUGGGAGGUUACUGAGUGAGUGCUUGCUGAGUAAUUGCCCAAUUUUGGCAGCUGGUGUGUUGAAGAAAGACGAGAGUCACCUAAGCCCAGUGGUUUCUUUAUUACCACUCGUCAUGCCAGGAGACAGGUGAGUCAGUAAUGUGACAACAUAGUUGAUACACUUGUCACGCAAUUGUUUUCAAGGAGCGCGGAGUGACAAUCUCUAUUACAGGUCUAGUUUUUACAGUUGGUUAAAUUGCACAUAUAUUAAUGUACAUAACAUUGCUAGUAGUGUUUUUUAAAGCAAGUAACAUUUUAAACGUAAUUAAUUUUAAAUUCAGUCUUUAAGCUUCUCGUGAACUGAAAAGCGUAUUUUUUUUAACCCUAACCUUAAAUGGUUGUGCGGAAUUUUAGAAGAGAGGCUAAAACAAUUGAAAUCAAGUUUGUUGUGUUGUCGCGUAAUCAUGUACCCUCUAAAGCACCUAAACUGAAAACAGCACCUUUAACCUUUUUCUACAAUGUAAAUUUACUGGAAGUUUGUAAUCUAAAGUUUUGCUAAGUUACUUGUUGUUAGUGUCACUUUUAUUCAGUACUUUUUUUAGCGCUGAGCUCAACUGUUUGGGUAGAUCUUUAGAAGAAGGGAGGUUAAAACAACUGAAAUCGAGUUUGGUUUGUUGUCGUAUAACUGUGUUCAUGUACCUUCUAAAGCACCUAAAGUGAAAAAAAAAAAAAAAAACCUUUCCUUAACACGUGAAUUCAGUGUAAAUUUGUAACCUAAAGGUAUGUUCAACAUAAAAUCUAAGACAACGAAACGCUAUGGUUAAAGUCAAAAUAAAUUUCUUGCUUACCAUAGACUCAUGUUGCAAGAAAUUUCAGCAGCAUCAAGGUAAUAAAGGAAACGUUUGUUAAUCUAAAAACAAUAAUCAUUUAUGUUAUCAUGUUAAAGUGCUAUUAUCAGCUAAAUAGAUUUGUGUGUUAGCGACAUCUAAUCAGUUUAGAAAGUAAACUUUUCUAGAGCCUUUUGGAUGAUCGCACUUUCCCCUAAAUCUCAGAUUUUGAGAACUUUAGAACUCUUCAGAAUCGUGGAAAUCUUCGUAAGACUUGACACAUUAUCCGGUGCUGUUUAAAACAUUCUGCACUGUAAGUAUUAAACUUUCACACCAUUUACUCAACAAUAGUCUACCCGCCUUGGCGGGUCACCCCACCUAUCAUGUGAACGUGAUCAAAUAAAAAUGAGAGAUUAUAAUUAUGGACAGGCGUGUUACCCCACCAAAGCGAGUUACCUUACCUACCUCGGGACUCCACAUCCAUGUAAACAGGACCUCAGAUUGUCCGUGUGACCUCAUUUCAGCAUAGUGUGCAAUUCGUAUUGAGACUGAUUAUGAAAGCGGGCAAACAUCAAAAAUGAAAACGACGGUGCUGCAUUUUAUGUUGAAAGCUGCCUGGCUGUGCAUAAUCCUUUGUGUUUUGUUCACAAAGUGUGACGGAAUAAAUUAAUGCGAUGUUUGUAUUGGUCAGUAAGUUCAAAAUGAGGUAACAAAAACAUAUAUCAAAGAAAUCUGUCCAGCUUCAUAACCAUUCCACUGUAUUAACUAUGGUGUAACUGCCACUUUCCAGUUUUCUGAUUAAUUUUACUUAAAUUAUUUACCUUAAGAUUAAAUUGAUUAGUGCUAACUUUGAUUUUUGUUUUUAUAGCGCGAGGGCUUCUGGGGGAUCAAAUAUGAUGUCAGGUGAGCGGUUGCUUGAACUUGAAGUAAGCGAUAUAAUCGCCAAAAAGCAACCAAAGAAGAUCAAACAUUCCACCAAUUUCGUCGAGCUUCAUUGCUCGAUACACUGGGCCAACUAAGGGUUCUGCCAAUCAUGAUUCAGAACUGGCCUCCUGAUUAUAAGCCCCUCUUUAGCACGUAUUGAAAUGUGUUGAAGCUUAAAAAUACAAUCAAAUUAAAAAAGUCAGCACUGCUAUGUAGCUUGUUUCGAAACACCUUUUUUAGUCCGGUUAUAAGCCCCUGCCGUUUAUAAGACCACCUAAAACAAACCCCUUACGAAGUGGUAUAAGCCCAGAGUUUACGGAAUUGCAGAGAUCUAACCAGAUACUGCAUCGUCGUCGCGUGAAAUUUCUCUAUGGGACUGUUUGAGGGACGCUAUUUCUUCUUUCUGAUCAUUGCUCGUGAUAUCUCGUGUUGGUAAAUUUUAUCACUUGUUUGCACCCUUAAAUACCAUGUGACAUUACUUUUAUCCCAUCAGUCCUAAAGCGCGUGUAAAUAUGGCGGGUAUCGCAAACAAGGUCUAUUCGUUCCUUAAAACAGUACCACAGUGCAGUUCGACACAGCACCGACCCAGUCUAGUUGAGCUAAUGAAAUUACAGUAAAUACUUUGAACUCGGUCAUGUAUUGAAGACCGCAUUCCUUGUUUGACAUUUUUGCAUAAACCUCUUUUGCUUAUUUUCCUUUUGUUUGCAGAUGAUAUGUUAGGAUUGUCAUUCCAGUUAGCCUCUUUAGAAGAAAACGCCGUUAUUUACCUCUGGGUAAUUCAUAUAUGUUAAUACCGAGAGAGAAUAAUGGGACAGAGAGGGAAUCUUAGGGCGUUGGUCGGGAUGUGGGAAUUUCACUCAAGUUAUUCUUAGUGGUUAAAAUUUAACGGAAGUUUAAUUCCAGAGACGUCUGCAAAUGUUAAUCGAUUGUUUUAAACGACAUCAAGUCCACGCUCGACUGCCUCAAAGCAAAAAAAAAAAAAUAAUAAAUAAAAAAGCAGAAUAUUGUAACACUGAAUUAGAGUUUGCGGACCUCUCCGGAAACCAACUUCCGAUUAAUUCAAGAGUUUAGUUGGUCUAAAAAUAAUUUUUAUGAAAUUUACAUAUCCCAAGGCCGGCUACACUGGGUGUGUUCCUCUCUGUCCCGUUUAUUCUCUUUUAUUGAUACCGGUUGAUUUUGUUGUGAGUUUCCUGUUUUAUUUGCCUCCGAAACAUGUCAGUCAACCCUUUUUCUCUUGACAGGUGGUUGUUGAACUUGAGAGAGCAAACAGCGCGGGCUCAGAGUCGGAUUUAGGUCAGUUGUAUAUUUGUACGACCCAUGCGCACUAUUUGUUGUUUCACUCAUCUAAGUGCUUUUCCAUUCAAACAGCUUCAUAGUCACCGUAUUUUUAGUAAGGAAUUCCACUGACAAGUUUGAUAACAAACUUUUUAUGUUUUUUACUUGGAAUGCUUUGGAUUUGAGUUGGAAUUUCAAGAUUUUAUAGAUUGUUGUGAAUUAGAAUUAUUAAAGCAUGUCGCAUGUUGAAUAUUCUUAGCUGAAGGGGUUCAUUUCUAACUGAUUUUUUUGGGGGGAUUUUAGGGUUGUCUCCUGGAGGAAAAAUAAAGCUUAUAAGAAGUUCGUCAAUAUCUCUUCAUUCGCCCUUGAGGUCUGUAAUUUCUUUUUUAUCUUGAGUAUAGACGGUCGUUGUAUAGCAGUUUACUAGAGAUUCAAGGCUUAGUACCAAACAAAGGCAGGAAUUAAUGUCUUAUUUUACUGCUACUGCAAGAGGAGAAUUUAACGGAGUUGCGAAAAAAUUUUUUGGGUGGAAUUAUGCCGUUGCAGAAUCUGAAAUCAACUAAAAUCAUACAAGUCAGUAUAACACAGGUGUCGCCUGCUGAUUGGCUGUCAUAAUCGCUAACCUUAAGCUCACAGAUAGCAGGUUUUAGCCAUUUUUCUGUUAAAAAUGACUAGUGGUUACGUUUUCUUGCACUUUGUUUGAAAUUAAAUAGGCUAUACUUUAAUUAUAACCCAGCAAUAUGAUUCUACUUCCUUUUUUACUUUUUUUUCGUUCUUAGUUGUGCAUCAUUCAACAGUUUUUAAUCUGAUAAUUUAAGACGUUUGUAACUCUCGAUAUGUGUUUUAUCGAAUGAAUAAAUGUUAUUAUUAUUAUUAAUUAAUUAAUUAAUUAAAAGGCUCACCCUCGAUUACUGUUCGCGUUGAUAUUUGACUUGGGCGUUUCGCUCUUUGGCAAAUAUGAACUGAUAGGAAUCUUGCCUUUCAACUUCCUUCAGUCAGUCUUUUCAAAGAGAGGGUGUGCCUUCAAACAAGGUGAUGAACACUGGGAUAAUGGACAGACCUUAUUAGUGGUGGAAAACUAAACUGUUUUAGGUUCUGUCGAACACGAGAAGCAGUGUCUCAUCUUAUAUCCAGUGACGACUAAAAAGGGGGCUGAAAAAGUUAUGCGUAGCAUGUUUCUUUGGGACGACUUCUGGGUAAUCUAGAUAUAGAAUGAAACAUUCAUACAAGGAUCUACUUGAAACUCGAACAGAAUGAUAUCAAUUGAUUCUUUGAAUGGUGAAAAAAAAAUUAAAUAAAAAAUAAAUAACAACAACAAAAACAAACAGAACAAAAACAAACGAGAAAACAAUAAACACCUCGAUCAGUUUUUGGUCAUUUAUGUUCAACAUGAGAGUUGGCCCAAUCCGCUAUCCAUUCCAUUUUGGCCAUCGGAAGCCAGAUAAAUACACUUAACGCAUAGGUAGAGUAGUAGAGUAUAUUUAACUCAAACAAAGUCAUUAUUUUGGGUCAAAAUUGGAAUUCUCAUUUGAUGUCCUUAUACAUUUCCUAUAUAUUUAGUAUGAAGAAGUUGUUAAAGUAUCUAUUGAUCAUUUCUUAAAUUCUCAUGACCUGUCUUUUAUGAAGCAUAGAUAUUAGAAAGGUUCAGUGGAAUACGCUGUAGCCACAUUCCUCACUCUAGUGGCCUUUUCAACUUAAGGAAGUUUAUUAAAUUUAGUAAUUUUUACUUGAAUGUGAUUGAUAAUAUAUGAAUAAAUCUAUUUGUUCUAUUGUUUGUAGGGGUUUACAAAAUGAGAUGACUUUUCAAGCGUUAAUACUGAGAUUUCUCCCGCAUGAUCCUAACCAUGUUUAUAUAGGCACAGAUGGGGUAAGUAACAGAUUGAUCGAUUGUAUUGAGUGAUACUUGAAAAUAUAAUGAAGGUGUUUGUAUCAGAGGGAAUUCCAUAAGAGUGCAUGGCCUGUAUUUCAACUGCUUCAAAAUGUAUUACCCUUCUUUCGUGCUCAGCAACCUCUCGCGAUGGUUGCACAAUGGCUGCACGCUGCACGUUUACUAUUUCUUAAUACGUAAAUUUUGGGCCAAUAGUUGAAAAUGUCGGAAAAUAAUAGCAACAGAAUUUUGUGUAGCGUCUUGUACAGAUAAUAAAGAGAGAAGUUAUUAUUUAGCAGGCCUGUAGCCAGGACUUUUUCUCGGGGGAUGCGAUCCAAUAAGGCCUAAGGCGGAAGGUUCUAGGAAAGGAAUAAGGUUGUCUGAGACUGCGUUACGAGCGUUUUGAAAAAGAAAACAAAAAAAGAUAUAUUUUCACGUUUUGAACUUCAGAAUGGAUUUUUCUUUGGUCAAAGAGACUACUUUAUUUUACCAAAAAGUUAAACGUUAAAAGUCAUGUUACUCGCAUUAUUCUAAUUUAUAUCAAAGGGCUUAGAGCUGAGUGACAUUCUACCUUUUUUGAUACUACAAGAGUAGGGUAGCUUUAAUAGGAACUUCAAUGUAUCCUGCAAGCAACGCUACGAAUCCUCCAAAACUGAAUUUUUCUGUUAGGGUGGAAAUAAGGGAGCAAGCAACGUAUUAGUUAGGGGUAAAUGCCUUGAAGGCAUACCAAAUGCCCUUCUUUAUACUUAACCGGCUGGCAACUCUUUCACAGUAUUUUCAAUUUUUGUACACAAUCAGUGAAUUAGAAUAGAAUAAUACUAUUAAAAAAAUCAGUUUGUUUUAAAUCAUUGAUCAACAAAAAGUGGACCUCUGGGGCCUGUUGGGGGUAGGGGAAGGGGGGUGCGAGGGCACUCGUCGCACCCCCCCCCCUCCUUGGGGCCUGUUUAGAACGCCAUAUUCUCCUGUUAUUUACGUAAUAUCAACCAAAACUGUCGACAUCACUUUCCUGUCACCUUAGAUGGUGUACCUUCUUAAUUGCAGUGGAGUCUUACUAAAACGUGGGAUAAUUGAGUGACAGUGCACCUUUUUUAACACUACAAGAGUAAAGUAUAAAGUAUAAAGAAGGGGAUUUGGUAUGCCUUCAAGGCAUUUUAUACCCCUUGUCGCCGUUGAUCGUAUAAUUGUAGUGGAGCCUUACCAAAACGUGGGAAAACUAUCAUGAUACUGUCCCCUUUCGAAGUGACCCGGUGUCUAUUUUCCGCUCAGUUAAGGUCUUUAUAUUUUCGCUGUAUUUAAGCAGUGCAUCGUUUUUUUUUCCUAGGGAUACAUUCUUCAUUGUGAAAGACACGGAGGGCGAGCCCCACCAAAAGCUCACAGACCCGAUACAGGUAGGAACAGAAAAAAAGUUGAUCACUUUCUCACCGUUUUGAUGAUAGACCUGUUCGGCUAACUCAAUGUUGUACCCAAUUCAAACCCUUUGGGAAUAAAACGUUUUGUUUCAUUAAUUUCCAUAUCAUUUAAAUGUGAAUGCCACAUUAUAAUGCAAAUACAAUACACAAAGAAUCUUAUCCCCGGGAGAUUUGAAUUGGGUACAACAUUGAGUUAGCCGAAUGGGUCUAUUCAUUCAAGUUAGCAAAAACCACACUUAUAAAAUCAUGAUGAAUCGAAGUUCUUUCAAACUUUGUCGCGAUUCACCCCAUUUCGCUCACUUGUUUUCAAAUGUAGACGAACUUUCCUAGAACUGAGCGGACGUCUUAGGGACUCUGCAUUUGCAAUUAGAAGGAGAAAGAAACUUCUUAAUCGUGUGUCUGAGUCAUCCAUAAAACUUGUAAGCCAGUUUUCUUUUAGCUUUGUUCGGGGGCUAAAAAAGAGCUUGCCGCUUUAAAAUAUUUCCCUUCAGAUUCCUUGCAAUGAAGGCAUGGAAAUGUGCCCUCAAGUAUGAUGUAUGUGCAGAGAUGUUAUCAAGUUGCCUACUAAACCUAUUGCUCUUUAAUGAUCUUAGUGCUGUUAUCGUUGUUAUCCUUAAGCUCUCCUAUUAAAGUAAAGGCCAUUACGAAGGAUCGACUUGUAGAUUUUGAAGCUCAUUUGGUUGUAGGCAAAUGAAUUUUAGCUUAAAAUUGCCCAAUGAUGUACAAUUUAGUGUCACAAUUUCAAAGCUUAUAGUGUAAAUGUCUUUCGAGUUUUAUGAAGAAUCAUGUGAUCAAUACUUAAUGAACCUUUCCUUUCAGAAAACAUUGUCCGGAUUUCUGCUCUGGAUUUAUCCCCUUGGCAGUUACCUUGUCUGGUGGUAAGCGAGCACCUAAUUUUUUCAGUGAACUCUCCACUGGUAGUGAAUGGUUAGGAGACUCGCAACUUGAGACGUGAUAACUGUAAGAGUAGCAGUGAUUCACUUUCCAGUUCACCAAAACAGCAUCCGUGUUUUUGAUGGUUUUUACUGUGAAGGCUUACUUGUGUUUAUGCGCCCGUUUGCAAAGAGUAAACCAUGCAAACAUCCCGUUAUAAAAAUGUAAGCUUAUGAUGUCAGUCCAUAUGAAGCCUGUACAAUUAUCGUGGAAUUUUGCAGAGUAAACUUUUUUUCGGUGGUCGAAAUUAGGAACAAAAGUUAGAAGCAACGACAGGAGACAAUCGCGUUUUCAGUGUCAUCUGAUAUGAAAUUUUUUUUUAUAGCCUGUUUCAGGUUUUCAGAUAGUGGGGACGGUGCAGGAAACAGUGAGGGGGGUGGGGUGGGCUAACGCCUAGAAUAGGCUACCUACUCCUCUCUAAACCUUGAUAAAUUGUUGGCGGUUUUUACGGUAACCAUGUUUGUCACUGGGCUUGUUUUUUAAAAUUCAUUUUAUUUUUUCCUUUGUUAUCAGGCAGGAAGUGAAUCUGGUAGUCUUUGGCUCUUUAACAUCAAGAACGGUUGGUAUCAUCCUAAAAAAAUAAGCCACAUUAAAAAAGAUAUAGUUGACAGCUAAUCUCUUGAGAUCGCGAACCCAGUAAAUGAUUUAGGUCAUCAUGAUCUGCUACGUAGCUCACCGUUUGAGUGGUAAGACUGACCAACCAGUUCAGUCUCAAAUUUGCUGUGGCUGAUAAGCUUCUUAGGCGUCUCCGUUAGUUUGUCAAGAACCCUUCCGCAAUAUAUUUUUUUAACAUACUAAUUUACUUUGUGUUCAGUUUGCGUCAGUUUUAAGGGACCAUAUUACGUUGGUCUACUCAUGCCAAUUGCUCGGCUUUACUCACCAUGGAACUUAACAUUAGCAAAUUAAUUAGUACUUGUAUUUGACAAAUUCGCAUCUUCACGACAAGCACGUUUGUGAAAUUACAAACAACAGAGAAAAAUAAUUUUAAAACCAGUUAAGCUGAACCACAAAACACCGAUUGCGAUCCGUUUUAAUCUUCUUCGGUUUUGUCCAUCCUUGCCUUCUUUUGUAUUUGCUGUGUUAUUGUUAAACUUCCUUAAAUGUUUUACGUAGUUAUAUUUGUUUUCACUCAAUAGAUGGCCAGUUUCCGAUCAAGCGCGCUAAAGCUUGAUAUAACAUAAGAGAUAAACUCUGGAUUAGUAGGGGUUUUUUUAUCCUCCUUUUAAGGAUUAUCAUUGUGAAAGGGCUCUUAACAGGUGUUUUCAUUGCUUGUUCCCGCUUCGUGUACAAUUAUUUUUCUUUUCUUGUUUUCCUCUCUUUAUUCAGAAAAAUUCCCCUUCAGUGUGUCUGUUUCGCUGAACUCACACGCAAUACUGCAUGCAAUUUUUCCUUGUUUUCGCUGUUUUAAAUGUGAAAUUAGAUGCGUAGAGCUACAGAUCGAUGUACAAGUGCAAAAGUACAUUCGAACAUUGUUCUGACUUUGCCAAAUGAUCAUCGAGAUUCAGGUUAUAGGAAAACGAAUAUCUCAAAGCAGAAAUAUGUUUUGGGUUGGCAUGCCCUUAAAGCUUUUCAAUAUCUCAGUUGCUCAAGGAACGGCGAGUAGGCGACCCCGCCUUCUCGUAUAUAAGCAACGAAAAUUUUAUCUAGAAACAAGGUAUGAGCCGAGCCUAAGCCAGUCCGAUGAAGCGUGCCAGCCAUACUAACCAGCCUGCUCAACUCAUUUAAACAGUUCCUUUCAGACCUGAAAUCUCAAACUGAAGGUAAUGACAUCACAAGUAGUGUAGAGAAACUUUAUGUGAAAAGCUCUCCUAAGAAUGUGCAAUCGACAGAAGAUUUUAUCUUAAGAUUAUUGACGGUUAGAGCUUAUACACAAGGGCUCUGAAAAAGGUGCGGCAAAAAACUCAGGGAGAAGUAGUGUCGUUUAAAUCCCUAAAACUGUGUGUGGAAAACAGUGACAGGCUAGUUGAGUUCGAUAGGACUUUUGCCUUUUUUCUUUCGUUUGGGUCCAUGAUAAAACGCUUUUUAAAACUGUUUAUUCAUCUUUAUUGGAAAUUUCACUAGGAAUAAAACUGAGACGCGUUUAGAACGCAUGGAGAAAUUUUUUUUUGUAAGCGACUCGACAGUAGUUAUAACCUAUCGUUUGGAAAAACAGGAAAACUCCACAUUUGAUGACCUAGUUUUUUGUGCAUAUAUAUGUACAUGUAUAAAUGUAUAAAUUCAAUGAUGCAUUCAGUCUUCUUAAAAGAUUUUAGGUAUCAAAAAAAUGAUAGUUCCUGAUGAAGUUCGCACUUGCAAGCCAAGCAUACCGAACUUUUGUGUACCAGUAAGAUUAGUUCUGGAUAAUUCGUUAAUUACCUUCACUUUGUGUGAUCUGUUUUUAUUGUGAAAGCGCGGGUCAUAACAGCGUCUUGUUCAGUCCAUCGCUCUUUUCCGCUCCAGUAAGUGCUCAAUUAUUUUCCUGCUUUCUUUUCUUUUCUUUCGCCUUCAGUUUUUAUUCAAGCCAACACACCAAAUUGCACGCAACAUUCCGUUUUUUGGGGGAUAAUCUUCUUUGAAAAGUGCAAAAUUCAACAUUUUCCUUAAUGGCAAUUAUUUGUAAGUGGUAUCGCUAGAAAAGCUGUUGAAAGAAUCAGGAUUAGGAACCAGGAAAAAGAUAACAUCUCAAACUGGAAAAAAUGGAACGCUUUGAAAAUUUUGAAUAAUGUGAAGAACACAUAACUCCUUUAAAUAAAAACAACGUUUACUGUCAAACGAGAAGCUAAAACCCAAAUGCUGUAUUUUAAGGGUUCCUAAAGUUAAGAAUUUUUAUCUGGUGAAACAAACAUAUUCUUGUGCCAUAACGUGGCUUUUUGUGCUGAAAAUUGUACUCCGGACUUCAGUUUAUACAGAAAGUGCAGUGGACAACGUGUUCAAAACAUAAUUUGGUCGCCAACAUUUGAAUCUCACUCUGAUCACUGUUUCAUGUUCCUCCAUUCUUAUCGUUGUUAGUUAAUAAAUGAAAGGUGAUUUUCACCAUUUAAUCAAAUCAUCAUUUUGAUUUUCCCAGUUACCCCGUUUUGUUUUUUUUAAACUUCUAUCUCCGUAUUCAGUCGGCUUUUAAUAUCAGCUGUCUGAUCACAGUUGUAUUGCUUUUUAUGAUGAAAGAAGCAGCUGUUAUUUUCUUCAGGUGUAUAAUAUUUUUAAAAACAACCCUAAAUAUACUAGUUUGGUUUAUAUCCCAUUUACGAGAAAAUUUAAUUGAAAUUAGAGAAAGUCGCGUUUAACAGGAACGUUUGAAUAAAAGUAAUUUUUUUUUUCUGGUGGUAUUACUUUAUUUAUUUUGACAAUCAAAAGGAGGUUGUGGUCGCUAAUUGUUAGGCUAAGUUGGGGUUCAGUUAAAAAAAAGCGGAGGUGAGGGGUUUUGAAGGGGUUCAUUAGUGAAUUAUUCAUUCAUUAUUUUAUGCGAUUUAUAUUAACCCAAUGGGCGCAAGAUUAUACCAAUUGUUGCCCAAAAUAACUGAAUGUUGUUUUGUUGGCCAAAUAACCGAAUAUAUACUCGUAAAGAAAUGUAAAUUUUACGAGCAGCAAAGUAAAGCAUGAACAAAAACUAAACAUUUUCACUGACGACACGAACACAUUUCAUUCACUUCAAAAACCGAAGUAAGUUACAAGUCGCAUGCAGAGUACUGUGGAGGCGAUGAAUUCAAGCUACAGUACCCCUGCUGGAUGCAAGGCUGGUCCGGGGGUUGACCUCUUCUUUGCCAAAACUCUACAUCAGAUUUCCCCUUCGGGCCAAGCUUUCCUUAUCUUUCUCAUCGCCGUCAACAUCCUCAUCUUUCCUCUCACAGCAGUUUUGAACGCACUGGUGAUGAUCUCUGUAAAGGUGAAAUCCCGUCUGAGAGGCCAUAAAUCAAAUGUUUUACUGGCGCUCCUAGCUUUAAUUGACUUCUCCGUAGGGAUUCUAGCUCAACCUUGCUUCACGAUAGUGUCAAUAAUAUUCUUACUUGACUUGCCUUCGGCAUAUUGUGCAUGGCGACUUCUCAGACCAGUGAUGAAUUUUUUAGUUAUUGCUUCGCUUUUACAUAUGGUACUGCUGAGCGCGGAACGGUACGUCGCUAUGAAACAUUCUUUCGCCUACAUUACCCUCGUCACCGAAAGUCGUUUACUGACUGCCUCUGCUAUCAUAUGGCUCCUGUCCAUUGUUGGGCAAGUUCUUUCAGUACUUGACAUAACUGCCAUUGCACACACCAAUUUAAUAUUCAUUAUUUUAUCUAUUGGCUCAAUGGUUUACUGCCAUUUAACAGUUUACAUUGAAACUCGCAGACAUGAAAUACGACUGGCAUCGCAGCAAGUUACUCAAGAGGCAAGGCAGCAGGUUGAGAGAGAUACUAAAGCUUUUAAACUGACGUCGAUCAUUCUCGCUGUACUGGUAUUGUGUUUCAUACCUGUAAUAGUUGCCACAAUUGUGUGUUCAAGAUUUCACAAGGAAGUCACUGCGGAGACAAUGUAUUUACUUCACUCUUCUUCUGUUUCAGUAGCUUUCAUCAACUCGCUGCUCAACCCGAUUAUUUUUUCAGUAAGAAUCAGACAGUUUCGAGUCGCUUUUAUCGAGUUAUUAUUUAGAACUGUAAGCAUUGCUCAGGCUGAGCAAAUAGAGAUGCGAAUUUUCGGAGCGACCAACGCUGUGGCUGGAAUUCAAGCUGGACAAGUUCAGGAAGGACAAGAUCUGCAAGGAAAUAUGAACAUCGAUGACAAUCCGGCCAACAGAAACGACAUACCUCAAAUAGAAAUCGAAAACAAUGUUGUGGAACAACUAAACGACAACUAAAACUUUGACUUGUCUUUAGCGAAUGUAACUGUAGAGUACGCGGCUACUUUUACACUUCCCUGGAAACGGUGGAUAGAUGCAAGGAUACCUAGACACGUGGUCCUUCCUUUCAUAAGCUUUGCUCACUUCAGUGGCUUUAAGAAUGACAAAUAAACUACAAUCCUCGUCAAAAAUCUUGAAACCCUUGUGUGCGUUUCCCUUCCCCAAUGUUGAUUUGGGUAUUACAGUGGUCUCAGUGCUUCAAAAUACACGUGGCUCAAGAUUGGCGAACAAAAAGUGUGAGAAUUGUGAGAAGUAAAUCUCAAAAAUUGUCUAGAAAAUUCAAGAGAAACGGUGUCUGUUUCAACGAUUUGUGACGAGUAUUGGAGCCUUCUUAGCACCUUUGCCACGAGAGGCGUUUUUCCAAAAUGUUCCUCGCGCCAGCUACGCCGGACAGGCUACAAAUAAACAUAUUAUGUGUUUUGAGUGCAUAUCAAAGUGAGUACGCCGAUACUUAGUGACUGGGGGGUUACUCCUGGGAAUUCUUGGUACGGGUGUGCCGCCCGGUUUUCUAAAUCCUGACCCUUUUCAGACCAAAAAAAUGUCAUUUUCCACACCCAUUUUAAAACUUGGGGCCCCUUUUCUCGAAAGGACCGGUAACUUUUCUAGUCCGAAUGCAAAUUUUGAAUUCAAGACCAGAUAAAUAGUAGCACAGUUCCUAGCUCACAAACCAGUCAGUUUUGCUUCGUUUACUGAUACUUUCAUUGUAUCAUUUUCAAAAUUAGUGAAAAUUUGAUCUUGAAUGCAAACACGGGAAACAUAGUGAUCGGGACUUUCAAAAAAAACUUGUCCCUGGCCUCUAAGAAUCCAUACUGUUUUCAGACUAAGAGACAUGUCUAAGAAACCAUGUGAUCAUUGCUUAGGUUAGAACGCCAACAAAAAGAUUUCUCAGCUAUUAUGAAUUCGCAUAUUAUUCCUUUUUCUUAUUCAUUUGGAAUUGAAACGACAAAUACGUUCAUACACUCCCGUAGUUUCCUCGAAAACCAUACCCGAUUCCAGACCAAAAUGGGCAAAGUCUAUAUCUUUUUUCGGACAGAAACGGCGCAAAAACCAUACCCUUUGGGGCGGCACAUACCUGUAUCCACCUGAUGUCGAGGUUUGCUUCAAAGUGUCACACUGUUUUGCAGUUUUGCCGACAUUGGUUUCAAUAAAUCUCGAAAUUUCAUAUUUGACUUUAGUCAUUACUACAAUCUGGCAUUAGGUGUAUCACAAUGCCAUAAACUGUCGGUCAUUUUUAUUUAUGCACGUACACUGUAAUAAUAAGCCUGUUGAAUUUUGAUAAAUUUGUCCACUCCACGGUACGAGAGAAUUCUUGGUGAUUUGGUCAUUUGCCAGGAAUUCAUCUGGUAUAUUAAAUAAACAAAACGAAAGUAGAUAAGUCUUUUGCUGACUAAGAAAGAUCUUUUCCUAUUUGUAGUUGGUACUCCAGACAUAAAAAUUAUGUUUGGUUACAUAUCUUUUGCUAUCAAAUCCGUGUAUAUUACUUGUAUACUGGAACAUCCCAUUACAGUGGAAACUAGAUAUAACGGACCCUGAAUAAAGCGAAGUCCUCUGUACAACGAGCGAACGAUGUUGUUCGCCUCAGUAAUUAGUAAAAUGCAUGGAAAAGAAACUCAAUGUAACGAAAAUUCGGUAUAGCGAAAUCAGUAUAUUAUGGCACUCCCUUGGCCUUACGUUUUGUUCGUUAUAUCGAGGGUCCAUUAUUGUAAAUACUUUAUUCAAAAGGGCUAUACGCCAUGAGUAGGUGAUAAACAUUGUCCACUGUUAAAAUUUUAACUGAGGUUUGGCUUAUCUGUCUUUCUUCUGCAUAUAAGCAAGAGAGAGACAACAAAGAAAUUUCGUGAAACUGAUGUAAGAGCAAUGUAUUGACGGUAAUGAGGGAUGAAAUCGGCAAUAUUUUAGCGGUAUAAUCGACAAUAUGAUUUAAUCGGCAAUAUAAUAAGUGGUGUAAUCGGCAAUAUAAUCAGCGAUGUAAUCGGUAAUAUAAUCAGCAAUGUAAUCGGCACUAUAAUCAGCUAUGUGAGGAGAGAGAUUCCGGGUAUUCUUUACUGUUGUUGAGAAAUCAAAAGAUCGCUUUGGACGUCGGUAAAAGAAUUCUUGACCUUAAUAAAACAUCUUUAUGGAGGCGGUCAGCUACCGUGGGUCAUCCCUCCACGAUUUUUUAAGAAUUGCAGAAAUAAAUGCCUUGUAAUCAGUUGCUCAGUGACAAUAACGAAAUACAUUGCCUUUCAGUUCACAAGGUCACUCACUGAACUUCAUCACCUUCUUCAUACUAUCAGAGAUAAAACUGCAUUUUGUUGUAUUCAAACGCGCGUAUCAUCUCGAAAUGCAUUAUAACUUGUCGCGGGCGACAAGAGGAGCCUGCAGAGUAUUCUUGGUGAGCGGCAGUUUAUAAACUGUAUAGCGAGGUGGUCUUUCGGGUGCUAGUGAUGCAACAAUAUUUGUUCGAUUCGAAAACGCACGUAUUAAAUUCAGGUGUACACGUUAUGUUUUAAAUGCGAGACUUCUCGAUUCACCUUGUCGGCCGGAAAUCUAUUUACCAAGGGAAAUGAAAGUAGAGCGCUUCAGUAAAGUACGAGUGAUUUCAAAGUCUAUAAGAGCCUCUUCAUAUGAGGCCGGUUGACCGGGCUGGCUCGGUUACCGGGAUGAAUUUUGCCUUGGGUUCAUAUGAGAAAUUUCAGCCCAGUUUCCGAGAUGAGAAAAGGUCAAAGAUCCUGGGUACGAGUUGUGGCGCCAAAUUUGGGAAGCAAAGCAAACAUAGCGAAACAGAAAAAUUUUAACUUUCGGGCCUAUCUUAGCAUCGGUAACUCUUAAAGCUGUAUCACUGCAGUUAAAUGGGAUGCUUAUGAUGUGGAAAAUACAGCAGGCAAUGCAAGACGAUGCCAUCCGGACCGCCAGAAUUCAUCCCGCCAUUCAUCCCGGUAACCCGGAUGAAGUGUUCAUAUGGCAAAAUUUCCAGCCCGCUUAUCGAGAUCUCGGUUGGAAAAACCGAGAUCUUGGUAACCGAGCCAGCCCGCUCUCUCAUAUGAACACAUCAAAAAUUUUACAAAGGAUUUAGAGGUGAGGCGGAUCUCGGAAACCGGGCCAGCCGGGUCAACCGGGCUCAUAUGAAGAGGCCCUAAGUCCAUCCAUGUAAGUUAAUUCAGGUUACACUACAGUGCAUGGUUUUUAUAUUUCUAUACGUUUCCAGGCAUGUUACGUCGCUUGUCAUCUGAAAGCUUCAAACUUUUUUCAUGAUUUUCUAUUACAUUUCAACGACCUUUGGUCAUUGAACACGGACUGGUAAUCGGAUUGAAUAAUAAGACUUCAAGUAGUCAUGACUGUACACAUUCGACGUUGAGCGUUCCUUAUGUCACGUGUUACUGUUUUCAUUGUAUUUUUGCCUGCGAAUACAACCUUCUCUCCUAGCUUCUCACUUUUCGCAGGCUAAUUGUAUCUAAGCCACUGUAAAUAAAAUCGUUGAAUUCAAUGAGUCUUGUUUACUGUGUUCCUAAGUUGUUCAGUUCAGUUUCCACGCCCUCAUGAUCCACCGUGAUUUCUUUUGUUCACACUGGAACUAAAAAGGGUUUCCCUGAUUCACGUACACAAUUAUGAAAGCGGCUCCCAACAUCAAUCGCACCUGCAAGGUAAAGGUACUUGUUCGCCCGCACUUCCUAACCUUUGGUUACUGCUAGUCUAGCAUGUAAUUUUACCUUUUGUCUUUAUUAAUUCGAUCUUUUUUGCGAAGUACAAUCAAAACGUACAAGUACAAUCGUAACCUUAAAAGAGUAAUUCGAUGUACCUAGUUUGUUUUGAGUUAAUAAAAGUUAAAAUUGUAGAAAGUGGUGUACUCCUGUUGCGUUUCUUGUCGUAACAAAAUAUUGAGUAUAGUUUAUUGACGGAUGAUUGGCCAUUGAUUUGUCGGUAAAAUGUUAUUGUAGUGUUACUUGUCAGUGUAGGAAAGGCGCAGUAUUUUUUUAACCUAUUUCAGCCUAUUGAAGCAUAAGUACUAGAACUGAGUGCAGACUGACUGGUCUUAGCCACCUUGAAAAUGUAUGGCUCAAAAUCUCUCGUUUUCUGAUUGACUGAAAGAAAGGGAAAAAAUACGAAUGGAAAAGAAACCAGAAAAACCAAACCCACCUUCUCAAAUUGUCAUCGUGAAAAAGCCAAAACUUGUUGUGAGUUAUGUUUGCUAAUUGAAUGAAAGACUUCAUCGAAGUUAUAGAUGCAACUUAUGCAGUUAAAAACGAAAGCCUGAAAAAUAAUUCAGGCUUAGUGCACGGAACUCGAACCCUUGAGGAACUUUCUUUGCACGCUUUUGACCCACUCUGCGAUACCUGUGCAGCGCCUCUACCAGUUAAGCAAACAAGCCAUCUGGGAGCAGGCCAUUUAGUUAGUUCGGUAUCAUAAAAACCCAUGAAAGGAUGACGACUUUUUCAGGCUUUAUUUUCGCAACUGCAAAAGUUGCGUCUAUAACUGGGAUGAUAUCCUUCCAUUUAAUUCUUCACUCCGCAGUUCCUAUCUAUGAUUUUCGUAUAUUCUUUAUUUCAUAAUUAUAUUUCCUGAUAUCUGCUGUGGCCAACACAUUUUUAUCGGAAUCCAUUGUGGUUCGCUGGAAUGUCCAAAGCUUUUGUGAUUGGCUAAACUAAUUACGUUGAUUUUAAAAACCGUGUUAUCGAAAACUUAUACUACUUUGGCCUCUUCUUGGUUUUAUUUAUCAGAAUUACCUCUGGUCAGUUGGCCCGCAUCUACGGGCGGCAAUGGAAUAAUGUCAGUGCAGUGGUCUCGUAGCCGGCCAAGUGUUUUUUAUGUGCUGGAUUUAAAUUCAAAUCUUUACGUUUGGUAAGGCUCUUGUUUAUUUUAUAAGAUAAAAUAAGCUGUUACUUGUUGAACGACCGCGGACCCCUCAGACCCCGCAAAUUUAACAUGGGAAUAGAAGCGGUUUGCUCAGUACUCAUCUCCGUGGUACGCCCAAGAAAAUUUGCAUCAAGGUCACCUUCGAGUCAAACGAAUAUUGGUUUUUAAAUUACAAAGGGGAAGAACAAACACUUUACUAUUGAUCCAUUAACGUGCAGUAGUUGGUAGCUGGUAUAACAGUGUAACCAUCAAGUUCGAACACGUAAGGCUUAUUGCAGUGUUUGUUACAUGUUAUUAAAACUUGUAAGAUGUAGCUGUUAAGGAUUGAUGUCGGACAAACUGAACUGUUUCCGUUUUCUUGUGACGAAGUGAACCUUUGCCCGCGGACGUUUUCAAAAUUUGCUCAUAGAAAAAUAGUUUGUGGGCAACUUUGCUCCUGACUUUCUCCCUUUAGGUUAUUCUUUUUUCAUGUCGCGAGUUUUCCUUUCUUUGGGUGCUAGAUUCAUGAGAGUAACUCUUGACUACUUACAUAUCUUGAAUAAAAAGUUCAGUUCUUUCUGAUUCUAUACCUAGGGAUUUACUUAAGAGUGAUCAAGGUCCAGUUGCUGUAGAGAAAUUUAAACAUGGACGGUAAGUGAGAAGAACGUUCUUAUCGCUGUUGCUUUUUUUACAUAUGACAUUAACUUUUUUUUGUAAUCCAACCGAUGAGUCAGUACUUAAUGUAUCAAAUAAGAGGAAGAGUGUUUCGUCAUAUUCUAACGGUAGCAAUUUGUGGGUUGGGAAAAAGAAAAGCGAUAAGAACAUUUUUUUAAAUUGCUCUUAAUUGUCUUAAUCUGUUUGAGUGUUUUAUAUAGCUUCUAAAGUGACCAAUAAUGCUUGAAGAAUUUCAACGCUAAAGUAUGCAUUUGAUAAUGUUGUGGUAGUAUCUGGUAUCCACUGAUAACUUCUUGAUGUCCUUUUGUACGCGGAUGAUUAAUGAGUUUAACAAUGUCAUCUGAAAUAGAUUACGUUUUCACGAACAUAGAUCAGCGUGUUUUUAAAUUCCCGAAAACGCUACAUUAUUUUUGCUCAAAACGCCGGUGGGGUCUGUGCCAUUUUUCCAACACGACUGUUUCCGCCAUGUUUUUCGUUUCGUUUGGGGCCACCGUUGCGGUGCACCUUGUAGUCUCCACUGGAAAACCCAGUUGAAACCUUACUCUCUCGCAUUUGCAGGUAACGAAAAACCAAAAAGGUAAUAAGUUUAAAGGUACCGCUCGGUCAUUACCAGGGACAUGAGAGUUUUAUAAUCGUUUAGCAUCCCGCGACACGUUUUAAGCAUCUUGCAGGAUGUUUCUCUUAAGAACCUACUAAAUGGUCACGGGGUGCUUCCCCACCCCCACCCCCUCCUCCAAACACUGGUUGAGUCUCCAUGAGACUGAGAUCUUUUCUUAUUAUUUUUGGUUCAAUUUCAUGUAGAGUCGCGUGUUUUGAGCUGUCCAGUGACUAUUCAGCUUCGGGGAUUGGUAUCCCGGGUAGAAAUCCCGAGCUGGUAAGAAACUGUGUAACCUCUCUUCUUCAAACUUAAGGAAACAGAACACCUAAGCUCUUGUUGGCGAAAGAGUACCAACAGUGAUAGUUUCAGCGUUAACUUUCCUCUCGUUUUUGUUUUAAUGCAGUUAUAAAAACAUAUAAUCGUUUUAGCAUAGACAAUGCUUCAGUUCAGCCUGACAGUCGCAUGAGUCUUGAAAGAGGGGAACCUGAUCCCGCUUUCCUCGUUCCUUUUUCACGAUAAUUCCGCAUCUCGAACUUAUUUCAUCGAUAUUCCAAAUAUCAUUUUCAAUCUCAGUCCGAAUCCAUGCUCAAAAUUUUGGCCGAUCCCGCGUUCCGGGUAGCAGUCAAAUCCCGUAUUUCGUCAAAAGUUUCUCGAUUUACGCGCUGUAUUUUGUUCAAAUCUGGGAUCCCGGGAAUAUUCUUCCAUACCGUGUGAACUCGGCUUACAGGCCGAUAAGUGUAUGGCAGUUGCGAUUCACAAAAGUGAAUACUGAAUUAACGCACACAAGCUUUAUUAUCGAUAAUUGUUCAAAUUAGGCCCUGUCACUGGCAGUUUUCAAUGUUUACGAGGACUGCGACGUUCAAAUCUUCCUAUGGUUAAGCAAGAAAAACAAGUUCUUGGGGAUUCUGUUUUCGUGAUCAGUCUUAACCACAUUAAAUUAUCAAUGGCAAUAUUUAGUGGCUCCAUUUCUCAUUAGCAGUCUGUAAUUUGCUUCUUUGUUUUUUAGGUCUUGGUUUUCGAAAGCGGUGUGGUGGAAAUUCAUAAAAUUAGCAGUCUUUUCUCCAGUGCGGCUGGCGAUGAACUGGAUAGAUUUACUAGUUAUCUUGAUAGCGUAUUAUAAAUUACAGUCCUCUAAUUAUUAAAACAAAUUAUACGCACAGGCACCUACGUUUUACAAAAGACCGAUAAUCUCCACCUUAUCUGCCCUAGCGCCACACAUGUACUGCCAAAAUAUGUGUGGGUCUACACUGAAAUUGGUUCACCCCUGCAUAUAAAUAGUCAGAAAUGUUACAUAAAAACGCUUUAAAGACAGGAAAACAACUGUCAAGAAAGAAUUGGAUCCGAUCUCUAACGAUGAAAUAAUAUGACUUAAUGUAUACACGAUUCUGUGGAAAACCGUGCUACUAGCCGUGAACAGUAUUAGCGAAUGAAACAGCACCAAAGGCAAUUACUAACGCAAAAGCUUUCAUUUUAGUAGUUACACUAUAAGUAGCUAAUCCAGAAACUUUAACUAAGUCAGUGUACAGCAUGAUAAUCUGCACCACGCUGCUCCGUAUAAUGGUCACUCAUCUGUAAGAUUUCACACUGGAAAACGACUCAAGAUUUUACUUUAUUACCGUCACAAACAAGCGGUAGAGCAUAGAUCACAGUUACUAGUAAAAUGUAUUUCUUAUUUUCGGAUAGUGCCUCCUAGAAAAAUUUGUGUACAGUUGAUUGUAUGGUUUGUACAUUAGGUCAUAAGUCAGACUACUCGCACUUAGUCUUGAUUUUCAUUGAACCGCUGAGGAGGCCCUUAAAACUCCAAUUGUACGCGU